UCUUAAACCACCAGAAGAAGAAGAUCCAGACGUUCUGUAACUUCUGCAGAUCCAGUUGAGUUUCCACACACUGUCAGGGAGAUAAAUAACUAGUCUACAGCUACUGUAUCUAGCUAUACAUGUGCAAGCUUAAUAGCAUUUGCAUUGACCUGCUCUGUUGUAGCAGCAAACUAACUAACUACCGUUAUUACUAAGACCAUGGGACGCAAAGUGACCCUCGCGACCUGCUCAGUGAAUCAGUGGGCUCUGGACUUUGAAGGCAACCUGCAGAGAAUCCUGAAGAGUAUUGAGGUCGCUAAAGCUCAUGGAGCCAAAUACAGACUGGGCCCAGAGCUGGAGAUAUGCGGUUACGGCUGUGCAGACCACUUCUAUGAGUCGGACACGUUGCUCCACAGUUUUCAGGUCCUGAGGAAGCUUCUAGAGUCUCCCGUCACCCAGGACAUCAUCUGUGAUGUGGGGAUGCCCAUCAUGCAUCAUAAUGUGCGCUACAACUGUCGGGUCCUGUUCCUCAACAGAAAGAUACUGCUGAUCAGACCUAAAAUGAUGAUGGCCAACUACGGGAUCUACCGAGAGAUGCGCUGGUUCUCACCUUGGAACCAGUUAAGGCAUGUGGAGGAGUAUUUCCUGCCCAGAAUGAUCCAGGAGGUAACAGGGCAGGAUACAGUCCCAUUCGGUGACUGUGUGCUGUCCACAAAGGACACCUGCAUCGGCACUGAGAUAUGCGCGGAGCUGUGGAACCCCAGAAGCCCCCAUAUUCAGAUGGGUCUGGAUGGGGUUGAAAUCUUUACCAACUCGUCUGCCAGCUGCCAUGAGCUCCGCAAAGCUCACCAAAGAGUCAACCUGGUCAAGACAGCCACCACCAAGAGUGGAGGUAUCUACAUGUAUGCCAACAUGAGGGGCUGCGAUGGAGACCGUGUCUACUAUGACGGUUGUGCCAUGGUGGCCAUCAACGGAGACGUGGUGGCUCAGGGAGCACAGUUCUCACUUAGUGAUGUGGAGGUGAUUACAGCCACUCUUGACCUUGAGGAUGUGCGUAGCUACAGAGGAGAAGUCUGCCAGCCGAACAUGGAAAGUGAACCUUGCCACAGGAUUAAAGUUGACUUCUCUUUAUCCAGUGGUGAUGAUAUCUACCUCCCUACCCACCAACCAAUAACAUGGAGCUUCCAUACACCAGAGGAAGAGAUCAGUCUAGGGCCGGCCUGCUGGCUGUGGGACUACCUGAGGAGAAGUGGACAGGCUGGUUUUCUGCUGCCUCUGAGUGGAGGUGUCGACAGCUCCUCCACCGCCUGUAUCGUCCACUCCAUGUGUGUGCUGCUCUGCCAGGCUGUAGAGGACGGCAACAGACAGGUACUGGAGGAUGUUCGCAGAGUGGUAGGGGAUGACUCCUACCGUCCUCAGCACCCAAAGGAGCUGUGUGGUCGCAUCUUCACCACCUGCUACAUGGCCAGCGAAAACUCCUCACAGGACACGUGCAGCAGGGCCAAAGACCUGGCCAAGCAGAUCGGCAGCACGCACAUGAAUAUUAACAUAGAUAUGGCGGUGAAAGGCAUUAUGGGUAUCUUCUCAGUGGUUACUGGAACUUGUCCUCUGUUUCGCGCCAAUGGAGGAAGCCACCGAGAGAACCUGGCUCUGCAGAAUGUUCAGGCUCGAGUGAGGAUGGUCCUGGCCUACCUGUUUGCCCAGCUGAGUCUGUGGUCCCGGGGGAAGCCAGGUGGAUUGCUGGUGCUGGGCUCAGCCAACGUAGAUGAGAGUCUCACAGGUUAUUUCACAAAGUACGACUGCUCCAGUGCUGACAUCAACCCAAUAGGAGGCAUCAGCAAGACGGACCUGAAGAGUUUCCUGCUUUACUGCGUCGAGCAGUUCCGGCUCACCGCUCUGAGAGGCAUCCUGUCUGCUCCACCCACCGCUGAACUGGAGCCGCUGACUGACGGACAGGUGUCGCAGACAGACGAGGCAGACAUGGGGAUGACCUACCCCGAGUUAUCUGUGAUUGGACGACUGAGGAAGAUCUCCAAGUGCGGCCCCUUCAGCAUGUUCUGUAAACUCAUUCACAUGUGGAAGGAUGCGCUCUCACCCACGGAGGUGGCCCAGAAGGUGAAACACUUCUUCCGGAUGUACUCGAUGAACCGCCACAAGAUGACCACGGUGACGCCGUCCUACCACGCCGAGAGCUACAGCCCCGAUGACAACCGCUUUGACCUCCGACCUUUUCUCUAUAACACUCGCUGGACCUGGCAGUUCAGGUGCAUCGACAACCAGAUACCGCUGCUGAGGGCUCCAUUGCUGGUUGCUGCUGUUGGAGGGACAUCUUGGCCGGCCGGAGCAAAAGAAGCGUCCCCUAAAGCAGAACCUUUAAAAACAGGAAGUGACCAGUUGUAACUUCCCAAGGAUCUCUUGGGAUUUCUAGGUUAUGAAUGUGUUUAUUUCUUUAUACAUCAGACUGGAGUUUGAGCUGAGAGACGAUGUGUACGACCGGAUUGUCUCACCAGUAACUAGUUUACAAGCUCAUUAUAAAUCAAUAAAAAGCUAAAUCAUAAUCAGACGAUAGCUGGUGGGUUACGAGAUUUCAUUUUGGCCAAUGCGCUCCUCCUCUUUUUCUCUCCACACCGACUGUUUACCUGCAUUCAACCAAAGCCUAUAAUAUCCCAUAAACAUGUCUUUAUUUAGACAGGGAAAUAGAUUGGGGUGUAAUUUGAUUUAUUCAUAAUGCACAUUCUGCCCAAGCUCGCCCUUACAGUACAUCCUGUAUAUGGAAUUGUGCUUUUGGGGUUGAGGUGAAUAACAAGGCAAACACUAAUUCUGAGGUGCUGGUUCUCAACCACUGGUUACGCUGUCAGGUGGAGGUUUUAUUCCUGGGAGAUUCUUCAGUUAAGGGUUAAUGGUGCUCAAUUACUACAACUACGACAGCUUAGAUUAAGACUGUGAAAGAUCUUUUCCUCCAACGUCUGGGACCUUUUGUUUAAUGUUGUAAGUUGGUGUUUGGGGAAGGGUUGGGAGAGGUUGAGGGUUUGCUGGAAAUAAAGUGAGUUCAAAAGACGUAUUAAAUUGUUUUUACCAUGUGUUGUUUGUACAUGUUGAUUAAUGACACAAUGAAUUAUUCUGGGUGUAAGGUGUAUUGGAGAGCUAAAUCCCACCCCUUUCCUAAUUUUCUUAUUAUGUCUCUGUUCUAUGUUUGUCAGCUCGUUGUUUCUGUCAUUGUUGAUAUUUGUCUGUUUACAUAAAUUUAUAUGUCUCUA